GUGCACGCUCUCCAGGUGGUACUGGGAGACUCUGCUCAGAUCCGCUCCACUCUUCAGGGCUUCACUCUGGUUCUGGAGGAGAUGUCUCAGGUCUGUGACGUCAGCUCUCUGCAGCUCGAGCUCCAGGAGGCCGACCGAGAGGUGGCGCAAGUCCAAGACAGUUUCACCGCUCCUCUGACCAAACUCCAACACGCUGCUGCUGAGGUGGAGGCCAUUGAAGGUGAAGUGAGGAAAAUGGAGAACGAUGUGGCUGAAAUUAAACAGCUCCUGGCUUCUCCUGAGAGUUUACCCAGCCCCAAAGUCCGAAGACUGAAGAUCGUGGAGCAGAAGAUCCAAGCGAUGCAGAGGACCAUAAACGAUAUUCAGAGCAGCAAACCUCACCUGGAGCUGCCAGAAAAGGCUGAGGAGACCCUGACUGUGUUCACUGUGGUGGACCAUCUCCAGAUUCUGCUCCAAGAACUGCAGAAGAAAGUACCGGCUCUGUUUAUCCAGCAGCCUGACCAGCCCCGACAAUCUCCAUUUCAGCCUCCACCCGAGAAAACUACAUCUGAGGAGAAGGAGGAGGGAGAGAUCCAGAUAGUUCAUGUGAAGGAGGACGUGUUGAAGGUUUCAGGAGCAGAGCUGCUCACUGUGGAACAGUCAACAGCAGAACAGAGAGCGACCCCCACUCCACCGGAUACUCAGUCACCUGAAGGAAGCCCGGAGAGGGCAUCUGGCUUAUUUUGGUGGCUGUGGGACCUUUUCCUGGGCACAGCUCCGCAGGAGCCAGAGGUCCGAAUCGCUGAAGAAGUCCCACCUGAUGUACCACAAACUGAAGAGGAAAAGGAGGCUGAACCCGAGGAUGCUGGUUCGAUUCCCGCCCCGUCCACCGGAGAGGAGAGCCCGGUACCGCCCUCUCCCGGCGCGGCCUCCUCCAAAUCCGGCCGCUGCGUAUUGUCCUAGGCCUAAAAACCACCACAAACCACCACUAGAGGCGCUACUUUCAAUACCUACGGACUCUAUUUUGCACUAUCUUUAAUGUUGCCGAAGAUAUUUACACUGUUGUCUGUAAAGUUAUCAGAUUUUUGUUAUCAAAUCUUAUAGAAAAGCUGCUAACACUGUAGUUUAGAGCUCUACAAACAGUUUCUGAAAUGCAACGCUCUUCUUAAAACAUAAAUCGCAAAUCCUUGUGAGAAAAAGCGCAAAUUUUUAACAGAUUAUAAUUUACGACCCUUUGCAAACUACUUUUUCAAGUAAUUCUUAUAAAAAACUAUAACUGUUUGAAUAUUUAAAUAAAAAUCAUGAUUCUUUACAGUCAACAGUGUAAACCGACGUACUCGACAGAUGAAUGAAUGCCUUUUGAAUGUCAGUAUUUUGAACCUGUGACAGUUUAAGCCUCCUGCAAAGACUAUAAUUUAUGUUUACUUUGCAUGACCAUGACGAAUAUAAUGUUGAUAUAUAGAGACGACUAAUAUAUAUAUUUGGAAAAAAACAGUCUUAAACAACAGAUUAAGACUUGUACAUGUUGAGAAUAAUAUAUAGAAAUACUACGGUGAACUACUGCAAUGUCCUUUUAGAUGUUUACAAGGCAAAAUCACAAACGAAUGAAUGAAUCGUCUUGAGAAAUGGUGUCUGCUGAUGCUUGGAUUCCACUUUAUCCCAAAUAUAUACUCAUUUUAAAACUAUUAUUCUAUAGAAAUGUUUAAGAAUCGAGAUUUUGAAAAUGCAGAUCACAAUUUUGUCAUAAUCAGUAAAAUCAACGAUACAGUUAUAUUUUAAAGUGCGUUUUGACUUGAUUUGUUGGGAUUAUGAGUCAGAUCAUAACUAUUGUGUAAUUUGUCCCUUUGUUUACAUUACGGUUGCUAGGUAACACGCCUGUACAUGUCACAUCUGCUGCCCAAAUAGGAAGUAAAAUUAUAAAUUCACCAAAAUGACAAAACUAGAAAAUGUUUUGAAAAUGUCAAAUCUGAAAAGAUGACGUUAACUAUAAGGUUUUAUUGGUCAAAUGCGAUUAAUUAAUUUCAGAUCCCAAUCACCAUUUGAGAAUCUCUGCUCAAGAUCAUUCAUGCAACUAUUUUUAAUUCACAAAUUUUGCCUUACUCUUACAAAAUAUGACUACUUCUUACGUAAAAUUCAUGAGAACUUUCUGAAUAUCUAAGGCCCAUGUUAUAACUGUUCUACUUCACAAAUUGGGCCCUAAAAUUUUGCAACUUUUAUUUUAUUUUAUUUUUUUUCAAUCUUUAUUUCCUUAAAGCUCCCUGCAAACAUAUAUUAUUCCAAUGUUAAACCUGAAAUCUAUUUAGCUUCUUUUUGGUUCGUUUUGGGUUAAAUUAGUCAUCAUUUAAACUGUUUACAAAGUUAUUUUUUAAUUUUCUUUUAAUUUUGUCAGCCAGGGUGUUUUACCGCAAAAUAGUCGAUUAGCUAUUGUCUUUUUAAUUACAAAACAAAACAAGCAAAGGAUUCUUCUGUCUUUAAAAUCAAAUCAGAAUAAUUUGAUCAUACUGGAAAUCCCGUUGAGUGCCUUUAUAUAGAAUAAUUUUGCACGUACAAUGAGCCAAAACCCAAUAACACCACAAAAUCAUGAAAACAAAAUACUCAAAUUCAAAUGCUGCAUAUGUCCAAUUUUUAUUUAAUUUUUUCACAAUGAACAUAACAUUUGUACAUUUAAAUAUAACCAAAUAUUUAACCUCUCCAGUGUUUCCUAUGCUGUUGUUUACAUAAAAAAGUACAAAAUAUGAUAUGAAAUGAGCUAAAGUGAAGGGUGAGGGUGAUUCUAUAUUGUUUUGCAUGAACUGAAUGUGAUCCUGUUUCAUAUGUAUUAUAAACUAGCCUGUGUCUGUCUGUGCAGUGUGAAAUCUUAAGCUAAAUUUGAGCCUUGGUCUUAUUAAUAUGAAUAAUGAUCAAUAAUAAUAAUAAUAAUAAUAAUAAUGAUAAUAAUGAUAAUAGGAAUAAUAAUAAUGAUGAUGUAAUGCUGUGUGCUUUGCUUUGGUGCUUCUUGACUUUUGUAUUUUCAAUAAACUGUUCUUUAACAUUAA